CUUUUAUCUGAUAAUAGUUAAGCGAGAGUCUGGCUGGUUGUUGGCCGUUCGCUAAGAGGAAGGAAUAGAACCGACAACUAGUUGACAAGAAGACGUCCUCUAGUUUCCUUUACACGCGGGCGUACGUUGUCUGUAUCCUUGCUCAGGGGAAACCCCGCGGCUCUCUGAAAGUGGCCUCCUUAUUUAUCUUCAAUCUUGAUGGUAAUCCAUCUUUCCUCAAUAUUUACUACAGUUUCUCUCUGUCCGCCUCAGACAUCAAUUUCAACGACCUACUCCGGCCUGCCGCCUAAUAGUGUAGUAGAAAAUAACCUAUGAUAUGGAGAAAGCCGGUCCGUUAUCGCCAGCCCCCUCAAACAAUAAUAAUCCCCCUUCCUCUACAACCGCCGACGACGUCCUCCAAAAUCAAUUCCAACAGCUUAUCCAGCAUAAUGCGACAGCGUCGUCUGUCGAGGUGCACGGCCAGAUAAAUUCAAAACCACCCUCACGAUAUUCAAGCCCGGCCCCGGCUCCGGUACCGCAGCAGCAGCAGCAGCAGCAGCAGCAGCAGCAGAUGGCCAUGCCCAUAUACGACCACGUCAUUACGUACAGUAGCGGAUAUCAGCAACAGAAUUAUCAGAUGGAGCCAAGCCCGUAUCCUCAAUUGCCCGAUACAAGCUCAUCGUUGACCCCUCAUAAUGCUUAUAGUACUCCUGCGACCUCACCACCAACCCCUUUACAAACAGACAGUAUUAGAACAAGAAGCGGCCGAGCUAUAAACCGGACGCGCGAAGGGACACCGAUGACGAAUUCUCGAGGUCUCAAGAGGCAAUCCCCCAUGUCCGGGGGAGAGAGCAUAGGCGCAGGCGCCAAGAAGAAGAAGAAGACCAAGGGGCAGUCAGAUGAGCCGCCAGUAGUACUAGACGCGCCUCUAAGUGUACUAGUAAAAGAUAUUACGAGAGUGCAGGACACUAAUAUUGAGGAAUACGUAAACCGAGGCGCGGAGGUGCGGCAAAGGGAGGUAAGGGAGUCGAAAGAUGGCAAGGUGAAGCGUCCGAUGAACGCCUUUAUGCUUUAUCGGAAAUCUUACCAAAAUCGAGCCAAGGAAUGGAGAAAGCACGAUAACCACCAGGUCAUCUCACGGAUCUGCGGUGUAAGCUGGGCUAUGGAGCCACCGACUCUGAAAGAGCAAUUCGACACCUAUUCCAAGAUUGAACGGUCGAAUCACGGCAUUGCUUUCCCUGAUUAUAAGUUCGCGCCAGCUAAGGCUAAGAACAGGAAGACCAGCAGUAGAAGCACUACAGUCAACGAGUCGGAAGACGAUGGGUCUGACCUGGAUGGUUACCACUGGGAUACCGCCCCGCCGUCGAGAAGUUCCUCAAGACCGAUAUACGAUCCAGAUGGUGAAUACCGACCAUCAGGGAUGAGAACAGGGUAUCAGACGUACCAGUCACCAGUCAUGCAUCAACAGCGACUGCCACAUCCAUCACACCCGUCCUCGUUUCAUCACUCGAACCCAGGCAAGCCUCGGCCAGCCGAGUACGGGGUUGGGCUUGGACCGAGCCAGUACUAUCAGCAGACGAGCGACUACAUGCGCCCAACUUACCCACAUCACAUGUCGCCGUACGGCAACCAAAUGCAGGGACACAUUACCCCCUUUGUCGAGAACGUCUACAUGAACAAGGCGAACUCGCCCGCGGGGUCAUAUCAUAGCUCCCCUAUUGACCACUACGGCAAUAUGAUGGGAUCCGCGUACCCGCCACCACCUCAUCCGCACCAGCGUGUCAACGAGCACCCUAUAGACCCGUCACUCAUGAGCCAACCAGGUAGCGAGCACUUCGACGCGCUCGGUAUCCUCGGACUAGGAGGCCAAGGUGAGGGGCUCCAAUCUCACUACACGCUAGAUCAGGGAAACCUAGGCGGACACAUAAGCGAACACAUAAGCGACGAGCAGCACCACCACCAGCAGUUUGAACAGGCUUUCCAUCAUCCUAGUCACACCGUAGUCGAGGAACGGCCAUCGUGGCACGACGACGUGCCGAAGCUGGCGGAGGGCGAGUGGGAGACGCUGGCCGCGGGUACUGACUUCGACAUCGACGGUAUUCUGGGGACGACGGAAAGCCCUGGGGGUUAAUAUCCCUGGACAGACGUGAAGAUCAAAGACGGAGAUGAUAGAUAAAGUGAGAAAUAAGUAAAACGAAAUAAAAAGGAUCGGGAACGGGAACGGGAACGGG